AUGUCUAAGGGAUUGUGUGAUGCAAUUAAUGUGAUCGAUAGAUCUUUUGAUGAUGAUCCGAACAACUCGGGAGAAUUUGUUUAUGGGGAUUUAUUAAAUACGUAUUGCCCUGAUAGUAACUGUAGUAGUGAUGACGAAAAGAUUAUCUCUGGUUUUAUAAUGUUACUAAAUACGCUUGAUGAUGGAACUAUAGAUGGUGAUAAACUUGUUGAAUACGCUAUUUUAUGGUUAAUUUAUAAACUAAAUCAAAAAAAAGGAAACGAACCGAUCAUAUUAGACAAUUUUUAUACUGAUUAUAUAAAAACAAAUAGUUGUUAUAUUAAGCAUAUAUCUAAUAAUAGUGAUAGUAGUAUUAAAAAGGAUGAUAUUAUAUGUAAAAAAAUAAGUAUGAUGAAUAUCGAUAUUAAAGAUAUAUCUAAUUUUUAUGAUGCAUUUAAAUCAUUAUUUAACAUGUAUAGUGAAAUUUAUCCAGAAAAUAAUAUCCAAUGCAAGACAUGUUUAGAAAAUGCUGGAGAAUUGUUUGAAAAAUAUGAAAAACUUAAAAAUGCUUUAGAUAUUAAUAAAGGAAGUUCUUAUUAUCAACUAUUGUCUAGUUUAUCAAAUGAUUAUAAAAUUUUUGAACAUAAUUAUAAUAAUGAAUGUAGGAAUGUCUCAACACUUGUAGCUUGUCCACGAAGUUCAGUAACAAAAAAUAUACUAAUUACAAUUGCAAUUAUAUUUGUUGCAGCAUCAAUUUUAUUGGGAGUUUCUUAUAAGUAUUCGUUAUUUGGAUUUCGGAAACGAUCUCAAAAACAACAUUUAAGAGAAAAGCUAAAAAAAUAA